UGAUUUCUUUCGUUGUUGAUUUUGUACAAUUUCGCUUUAGCUGGACACAGCUGAUUGUACCAGCAAAUGAAUCAAGUUUGUUGUGUUUAUUGGUCGGAGGUGCUUGAGUAAUGGAACGAGUAGAUUUCACAAUUGACAAAAAAAUGGCAAACCACAUUAAUGGCAGUAUCAAGGGAUUAAAUGAAAACAUUACGACGAAUAAAAAAGAGAUUCAUCGAACAGACGACUCUUGGGAGGAAAUAUCUAUAGAAGUGCCUUGGGGAACAGUGCAGGGAAAAUGGUGGGGAUCACGCAACAAACAGCCAAUAAUAGCGCUACAUGGAUGGCAGGAUAAUUGUGGAACAUUUGAUCGUCUAUGUCCGCUAAUGCCUGCAGAUAUUCCAGUAUUUUGUAUUGAUUUACCUGGACAUGGUAAGUCUUCACAUUAUCCGCAAGGUAUGCAGUAUUUUAUAUUUUGGGACGGCAUAUGCUUAAUAAGGCGAAUUGUUCGAAAAUUUGGUUGGAAACGAAUUACCCUAAUGGGUCAUUCUUUGGGUGGUGCGUUGACUUUUAUGUAUGCGGCGAGUUUCCCUUCUGAGGUUGAAAAAUUGAUAAACAUAGAUAUAGCUGGACCUACUGUACGCAGCAUUGAACGUCAGGCUGAGAUGACUGGCUGGGCACUGGACAAAUUUUUGGAUUAUGAAGAAUUACCAGAAAGCAAAAUGCCUUGUUAUUCGUACAAUGAAAUGAUUAAAUUGGUAUUAGAUGCGUAUGAGGGUUCUGUUGAUGAAGCAUCUGUUAGGAUACUCAUGAAACGUGGUAUGGCACCAGCGCCAAUUCAUCUUAACAAAGACGGCUAUCAUUUUGCACGAGAUAUACGUUUGAAAAUAAGUUUAUUAGGAAUGUUUACUGCUGAUCAGGUGAUGGCAUAUGCAAAACGAAUAAACUGCAAAGUACUUAAUAUACGGGGAGAUCCAGGCAUGAAAUUUGAAAAUCCUCAAGUAUACGAAGAGGUAAUUAGCACACUAAGACAAAACGCAGAACUUGUGAUUUAUAAAACGAUACCUGGAACGCAUCACUUGCAUCUGGUGACGCCAGAACGAGUGGCACCACAUAUUAAUAGUUUUCUGUUAAAUCACUGAAGAGGCUAUCUAUAUUUACAUUCACAUUCACAUAGGAAAUAAUAGUUAAUAUGAUGUCUAAUGUUAAUAUUAAAAUAAACAAAAUACCUAUAUGAGAAA